AUGAGGGUGCUUGAAAGCGGCUUUCGCCUAUUCAGGGUCUUUUUCGGAAGACUGAGGAAGCGUGGUCAGCCAUCUUGUGCCCCGAGUAUAACAGGAUGCGUCGCGGCAGCGCUAGGGGUGGGCGUCGUGCUUCUUCUUCUCAUGUUGCUGCGCGGGGACGAGGCGGACCGGUCCGUGUUCAGGGCCAAGUCGAUCGAGAUCCGCGCGAGCGGGCCGUUCACGGUGAACGAGACGGCGGUGUGUCUCGCGGGCACGCUGCGCACCUUCGUCUUCCGGGGGGUGUACAUGGAUUUGGCGCAAACGGUGAUUGAGCCGCUGCAGGCAGACGUGUUCGUCGACGUCGAACUCGACCUGCUGGAGUUCGGCCGGGACACCAACCUGCAGAUCGCGGACCUGGACAUGGCGCUGCAAGCUCUCCCGACAGAGCCCAAGGCUAUUAAUAUAUACAAGGAGCAGCGCUGGUUCAAUAUGGGGUGCAUCGGGGACGGGCACGAGCCGGCGGGGGAGAGCGGCGCCGAGCACAACUGCCUCUGGGUGGAUAGGAUGGAGUUCAAGCAGAUGUGGGGACACGACCGGGGGCCGCAGUACUGGCGGCUGCGGUCGUGCUUCGACCUCAUUCGGGAGUACGAGGCGCGCGCGUGGAGCCGCUACCGCUACGUGGUGCGGCUGCGCACUGACGUCCGCGUCACCGCGUUCCCCGCGGCGCGGGACUCCCCCGGGGAUUUCCGCAAGCAGCUCGAAGAGGCCAUGCGCGAUCAGCACCGGAAGGAGGCCUGCCUGGUGCCUGGCGUCGACGCUGCGCACGGAACCUUGCGAGACGAGUUCGCAGUGUGCACAAGGGGUGCGGCGGAGCACUACAUGCGCCUGGCGGACGAGCUGAUGGACACUCUGGAGUGGACGCAGCUGGGCUGUCCGACUGACCCGUGGGACGCGUACGCCGUGGAGUGCGUGCUGGGUACCAAACUGCAGCGCGCGAAGGUCGCGGUCGCGGCGCUGACGGACUGGGACAGGCAUUGGACGCGCAUCUGCAGCGAGGGGUACGAGCUGGUGCAGUGCAAGGCCGACAACGACUUCAUCGUCGACACUGCGCGCGAGUACGGCAUCACACUGCCAUGA